AAAUAUUUGCACGAAUAUCUAUCUUGUCGACAGUACCUCAUUAUCGAUAACACUAAUAUCGCCUGACAGUUUGCCGUCAUAGAGACUGAGGUUCAAAGUCUGCAUAUUUCGUACUUAUAUGAAAUAGUCCACUGUUUAUGACACUGCAGCUUACAAUAUGUCGGAUUUAUGGCAUAUGUGGUCAUUUUUAUUUAAGUUAUGAUGAAGAUGUAUUAUUACCCAUUGGACUAAGGAUGAAGCGAUUUGGGCAGUGUGAAUUCACUUGUAAUACGAUUCAAGUCAGAACAUGAGCGAUAGUUUGCAGAAGAAUUCAGGAGCAUGGACAUGAUCCAAAACUUUCCUUUAUAAGGUUUUAUGACAGGACCAUCUUGGACAACCAACAGACUUUACUAUAGCCUAGGAGUUGACUAUUUCGAUAUGAACAAGAUCGCAUUGUUGAAUUCGCUGCUCCUCCUAGCGUCCGCCUUGAUGUUACUGAUAUUAGUUAUCUUCACAGGCAGCGUAGAACACCGACUGAUUCUAGACUACGUUCCCAUCUUACCAGAAGCAUCGAAAACCGACUCGCUAAAUAGGUGCGAAUUUCAGGAUGAUUUGAAUCUUCGCGAUGACUCCGAGAAUGAUUCCAGAACACCAAACACGACUUUAAAAGUUGGAAUCAUUUUGAAAAACUCUGAUGGCCAAAUUAAAAAUGUAUCUAGUCUUUCAAUAAACACAGUUGGAUCAUCGUCUUCGCGGAAACACAAGUAUUUACUGCUAGAUUCCAGUAAGGAACUAGAUCUCCAUUGUAAGCAAUGUGCGUUGGUGUUCAGUUCUGGCCAUCUUCUCGGGUCCAACAUGGGAAAGGAGAUCGACAAUACAGAAUGCGUCAUUCGACAAAACAUGGCGCCAGUGCUAAAUCAUGUAAAAGAUGUAGGCAUGCGCACAACUGUACGUGUGGUUGGACACAGCAAUAUCAAAAGAGGUCUCCUUACCCCGCAGACAGUAACGAGGGAGAUAUUGUCGAAUCCAAGAACAAGACCCUCUAUUAUUUACGUUCCAUGGCUUUACAACGAAACAAUUGAUAGGACUGCAAACAAGGUAUUCCAACAUGUGAGGAGUUUGAACAAGCUGUUCCCCAAAGUGCAAUAUUAUUUCCAGAGCGACGAUAUGAUCGGCGAAAUGGAUGAGAUGUUUAUGGACGAAACUGGGUUAAACAGAACGGAGAUUGAAUCAUGGUUCAGCACUGGAUAUAUGUCAGUUCUUUUUGUUCUUGAUGUAUGUGAUAGUGUUGUGUGUUACGGAGUUUCGGACGCAGACUACUGCAAACGAGAACCGGAGUCUCCUGUCAACUAUCACUACUUCGAUACGAGCAAGAGUCCACUCCGAGAAUGCAGCUAUUACAACGAGCGGGAAUAUCUGGUCAAAGGCGGUCACAAAUUCUUAACAGAAAAGAAGUUGUACGCCAAAUGGGCACAGCACAAUCAUAUAACAUUCCGCGCACCUACAUGGCCAAAAAGUGCGUUCAACUGGAGCAGUGAAUUUGAAUCGCCAUACCUGAAUGUGUACAGGAAGGCAAAAGAAGACGGGUCAUUUGCAAAUUAUGUUAAUAAGCCAGUGAUUGACAAUAAUCCUAAACCAUUAAGCAAUAAUAAAGUCAAGAGACCACUCCUGAGAAGGUUUAAAACAAAAAGACGGGAAGUACCUAUUCGUUUGUCAAAUUUAAAACUCCCCCGAUCCUUAAAAAAGAGUUGAUCUAGAAGAUACAUUUAUUCACAUGCUCUUCCGACGAUGCUUUGAAGUGCCGUAUACGUGAUUAUAGUGCGAAAUAUUGGUUUUCAUAUCUGGGGGCCGUUUCAUAAAGCUGUUCGUUAGUUAAGAGCGACUUUAAGAACGACUUGUGAACCUUUCAUACGCGCUGAAUAAUCGCCAUUGAAAAUUUAAUGGUGAAAAUCAUUUACCAUAAAGAAAGGAUCACCAGUCGUUUUUUAAGUCGCUCUUAACUUACGAACAGCUUUAUGAAACACCCAUCAGGUUGAUUAAAGAACAAGCCCACCCCAACAAAAAGUUGACUUGAAUAAAAUUUCAUCAAAGUCGAAUAUAGAAUAAGAAAGUUAGGACAUUUUAAAGUUAAUUGUGGUAAAUGGUAUACACCAAAAUGUUCAUUGACGAAGGUUUAGCGCGUAAGAAAGAAUCACCAGUUGUUCUUAAAGUCGCUCUUAAAUUAAAAACAGCUUUUUGAACGGCCCACUGGUCGGUAUGCAAAUGAGGGGACUGAUGACAUCACUCACUUGCCAUUUCUUUUGUAUUAAUUAUAUGAAAUAUUUCAAUGUUCUCCUCAUUGACCUGUGAAACAAAGUUUUAUUCCUCCCUGAACAUGUGGUAUCGCCAUUGUUGUCUCAUGUUAUUGGUCAGUUAGUGUCAAAUUGGUAAGAAUACUGUAAUUCAAACAACAACAAAAACGAAAUAAAUAGUGAGUGAAUGAAAUCAUCAACUCUCUCAUUUGCAUUUCACUUAUUUGUGCAUAUAACUGUUUUGUGAAAAUUAAGCGAAACUUCAAAAUGUCAUAUCUUUCUUAUUUUACAUCCGAUUUUGAUGAAAUUUUCAGCAUUAUACUUGUUUGAUUUUCCUCUAUUGAUUCAAAUCAACAUUUUUGUGGGGGUGAACUUGACCUUUACAUAGCCUUAUCAUUUCGACGAAUAAACCUGCCUAUAUUUCAUUUUCAUUUCAUUUAUUGAUUUUUGCAACAUUUUUCAUAACAAAAUAUCUGGACAAGAAAAUACAUAUCUAGAAUUUGACAUGAAGAUAAUGAACUAAUAAUUUUGUAAAUAAAUCAUCAAAUGUUUCAUACAUAAACGAUUUUAAGCGGUAUUUUCUGUUACACAAUAAAUAGGAUGGUUGCAAGAGUCGUCACAAAAGAAAAGCGUGACAGCCCUGGAAAAUAACCAAAAUAACUAUCUACUGUCAUAAAAUGUGCAAUAUGACGUAUCUUGCCAAGUCAACUUUUGAAAUUUCUGAAAACUGUCAUGUAGACUUAUAAAAUGGUGUAGGCCUACAUGUAUGUCAACAUGUUAAUACUAUGAAAAAAUAUUAUGAACAUGUUCAUGUUAUAAAGACAGUUGCGCUCGUAAAUUUUUCUUCAUUAAAAAAGGAGAAUAUGCUUGCAUGUUCCAAUUAUUUUAUCCUUGG